ACAAUUAUCGAACACCGACAAUUUUGGCGUUUCAAAUGCGUAGCAUUUCCUCCGUGCCCCGAAUCCCUCGACUCUUCCGAAAAGCGUCGCCGCCUAGGGUUAGGGUUUUGGCCAGCAUGAGCAGUAAUGGCGACGUUGUUCGAUUCAACCUCUCGCCUUCGAGCUACCUCAAGAUUCAGAAAGGGGACCUCACUGCUUGGUCCGUUGACGGAUCAACGGACGCCAUCGUAAAUGCUGCAAAUGAGAGAAUGCUUGGAGGUGGUGGCGUCGAUGGAGCUAUACACAGAGCUGCUGGUCCAGAACUUCGAGCAGCUUGUGCCCAAGUCCAGGAGGUUCGACCAGGAGUUCGCUGUCCCACUGGAGAAGCAAGGAUAACCCCAGCUUUCCGGCUGCCUGUUGCUCAUGUAAUACACACUGUAGGACCUAUUUAUGAUGUUGAUCCCCAUCCUGAGGUUUCUCUGGGGAAUGCUUACAGAAACAGCUUGAGGCUAGCUAAAGAGAAUAACAUCCAGUACAUGGCUUUCCCAGCCAUAUCUUGUGGUGUUUACGGCUAUCCCUACAAUGAAGCCUCCAGAGUAGCUAUUUCUACAAUUAAGGAGUUUGCGAACGAUUUCAAAGAGGUGCAUUUUGUUCUCUUUUUAGAUGACAUCUACAAGGCUUGGGUUGAGGCUGCUCGUGAGUUGCUGUAGUUGUUGCGGUCAAAUAAAGACACGGCUCUUGUGUCAUUCUUAGAUUCCUGACUUGUAUACGGUCAGCAAUGAAUAAUAGCUGAUGGAUGUUUUGUAUAACUUAACCGUAAAUAACAAUAUGAUUGAAGCUUUCAUAUGUUUUCAAGGCUACAGUUUAUUCUGACCA